AUUUAAAAUUGGCGAUGCGGCGUGUUAUCGACAUUUAACGUUGCCCAUAGCCACAGAUUAAAUUCUUACUUAUUUCAUGUCCAGGAGCUUUUACAGGUCUAUUGGCACGAACGCGUUGCAUUAGAUGUGAAGUGAGGUGUUAUUGGUGUCACCAUGGUGCACCUAAUAAAGUGUCCAUUAUUAACUCUUACUAACACGAAAAAUGCAGCAUUCAACUGUCUUUUUGUAUGUUUAGUAUAGUUCUUAGUUGUCAUGUGUGUUUCCACGCUUAUUCAAAUUGCUCUUAGCUGUUUCUCGAUGAGGUCUGCGGUCUUGCCAGAUAAUUGUCACUCUAAACUUAUCAAUAAAUUGUAAACGAAAUUCUGUGUGAAAAGUAAAUUGAUUAAGAAAAUGCUUGUCUAGAUAAACUGGUGGACUACCUAGUAAUAAUAAUCGAAACCUGGUGGACAAUCAAUGCACUUAAUUGUUGGAUCUUCGUUGGUUGGAUCUACGUCCAGAUAGUGCAUGUUAUGAAAUAACUAUAUUCCUGAGCAGAGCAAAUACAAGCUACGUCUAUGAAAUAAUAAACAUCGCUUACUUACAUGCUGUUGAUUUAAUUCAUUAAAGCUCCUUAACUUACCACUGACUACAACGGCAGUCAAUUUUUUUAUAUCUCGACUAUAAGCUGUAAGAAUAUUAUUCUUCCUGGUGUCAGUCAUCUUGAUUAUAAUUUAUGAUGGAUCCUUCUAAUCAACUAGAUCUCAAGAUCGGUCUGGAUGGCAUCAGUUGUACUGACUUCGCGACUGUUGGUGAUAAGAUUCUACUUGCAGUCGGGACAUGUAAUGGAAGAAUUCGUAUUAUUUUAGAUUUGAUUACGUGGAUCGAACAAAGGCGUUACUUCAGAAACGUUGGCAUAAAACUAUUCGAUGCUUGUCUUUUUUCCCUAAAACUCAAAAUUUAUUAAUUUCGGCUUCCAGUCAAAGUGGCUUAAAAGUACACGAUGUGAUUUCUGAAAAACAAACUUGGGCAUGUUUUCAAGCUCAUGAAAAAUCACAAAUAUCUAGUGUUUUAGUUCUAGAACACGGACAGUGGGUUACAGGUGAUGAAAAUGGAAUUAUCAAAAUGUGGGAUGCAAGGAAGUCAGGUCCAGUUUCAGUCAUGACUCCAGAUCUUGAAAAUAAAUUUGAUGAUUUUUUCAAUUCUAUCAAUGAAAUGGCUGUAUCAUCGAAUGAUUCUCAUGGAACUUUGUUAGCCGCAGUUGAUGAUGGAACUUUAGCAGUGUAUAAUAUACGACGUCGACGUUUUGAAAUGUCUUCAGAAACACUUGGAUUUAGUGCACGUACCUUAACUGUUGUUAAAAAUAAUACAAAAGUUCUUGUCGGCACCGAUGAAGGUGUGAUUUCUGUGUUCAGUUGGAAUGAAUUCGGAAAUAUAUGCGAUCGUUUCCCUAUACAUCCUCUUCGACCAUCUAAACAAGGUCAGGCUAGAACAGCUGUUUCUGGUGGAAAUUCUGUGGAGAAAAUAGUCAAAAUUACAGAAGAUAUUGUUGCAGUAGCCACUGAUGAUGGAGUUGUAAGUGCUAUGCAUAUCCUACCAAAUCGUUUGCUUGGAUGUGUUGGAUAUCAUAUAGACACAGCGAAUAAUGACACUAGCGGAGCAGAUUGUAUGACACUGUCUAUUCAUCCAACAGAGAAUAUUAUUGCAUCAACAUUUCCGGCUAGUUCUUCAAUCAAAUUUUGGAAUACAUCUAAAUUUAUUGAACAUGCUGAAAAUGAAACUGCAGAACUUCGAUUACCAAAAAAUCAACGAAAAUUACCAAGUACAAAACUUAAAGGUGUGAAAUCACGACGUCUCUGUUUAACUGAUGCCAAUGAACGUAUGGAAUAUCUUGAAGGUUUACUACCAGAAAAACCAAGCAUAUUAUCUUCAAAUGACUCUGAAAAUUCUACAUCACAUGAUGAUAGUUCUUCAGACAAUGAUGUGUAAGCUUGUAAAUGAUAUGCCAAAAUCACUUUUCAAUUUGGUAAACCAUUCAUUUUUCAUAUGUUUAUAAAACAUAGAUUGUGACGUUUGUAAACUCUUUGAUCUGGUUUCCUAUGUUUAUAAUACUAUUCUACUCUUCUGUAUAAGGUUCUAUAUCAUCUUUAAAUAUCUGCGCAUAGUUCACAUAUCUUCUUUUUGAUAAACCUUUGUAUUCUUUCACUUUCUUUAAUUUUAAACUACUUUUGAGCAUAGUAAAAAAAAACCCAUUUCAAAUGAAUAUCUUCAAAGAAAUGUACAUUUGUUAUGAAUGUAUCAUUGGACAACUGUAUAUUGUUUGUAUAAGUUUGUCUUUCAAUUGUUGGUCAUCAGAAUUUUCUACUGACAAAUCGAAUUUUCAAUUGGUUAUCGUUAUGUAGUACGUUUGCUUACAUGUUUCAGUUCAUACAUUCAUAGUAGGAUCCACAGAUAUUCAUUGGACUAUCUUUAAAUAUAAAAAUAUUCGCUUCCCGAAUUUAAGUGGAUAAAUAGGGGGUAGGGUUUUGUGAGCGAAUAGUUUUAAAUAUGUUUGCAAUUUAGAACGUCACUGGGGAUUAAUGAGUCCCCAAAUGCCCUGGUAUGCCUAAGAGUGGAGAGAGUCAGCUGUCCCUCCCAAAAUGCUCCCACAUGGCCACGUGCAUACAACUACUGUCAGAGAAGUUCUACUCACUGUCUUUUUGCAGCGGAGGUGUUUUUACGAAACUGAAAGGACGAAAAGCGAAUGUUCGGUGCUUGAAGCGGGUUGUUGUCAGAAUCCGUUGAUUAUGUGUUUUAAUGAGUGACGUAGGUUUAUCUAAUGAACAGUCUUAUUACAAGUUAAUUUUCGACUUGCUUACUUACCUCUCAUCAGUCGAUGUUGUAAGAUCCUUCCAGUGUACAUAUAUUUACAAAUCUAAUAAGUUCCUUGCGGUAGAAUUUCUUUGUUACGCUCUUAAACACAUGAUGUUACUUCUUUGAAAUCAUGAACUGAUCUAAGUCAGUCCACCAUUGAACAUCAAGUACUGGGUGGGUACUCCGUCCUAGCAGGCAACUUAUCAUUAGUGCACUCCCAUAACCCCACACGCUGGAAUCAAACAUAGGACCUUCGGUCCCGCGCGAACGCUUAAUCUACAAACCUCUGAACAGGC